AACAUCCAGAUCCCGUGAUCAUGAAGCUGUUGCUGGUGACGGUGCUGGCGCACGCAGCCCUCGGCGGCUGGGUGGACGUGGACGAGUGGGCCCAGUUCAAGCUAACCCACAGUAAGCUGUACGCCGACCAGUUCGACGAGCUGAAGCACAUGAAGACCUACGCCACCAACAAGGCCUAUGUGGCCAAGCACAACGCCGAGGCCGACGCCGGCCUGCACACGCACUGGCUGGGCGUCAACAAGUAUGCCGACAUGACCAGCGAGGAGUUCCGUGCGCAGAUGAACGGGUACCGACCGAGCGAGGAGCGGCUGCAGGGCCGGCCGUUCCAGGGGACCGGUCGGACCGCGCCAGACACUGCCGACUGGCGCGACCAGGGCGCCGUCACGAAGCCGAAGGACCAGGGCCAGUGCGGCUCGUGCUGGGCCUUCUCCACGACCGGCGCGCUGGAGGGCGCAUGGAAGCUGGCCGGCAACGACCUGGUGUCUCUCUCCGAGCAACAGAUCAUGGACUGCUCAUUCGACUACGGCAAUGACGCAUGCGACGGUGGUGAGAUGCGUUACGCCUUCAAGUACCUGAUCGAUAACGGCGGCAUCAUGGCCGAAGCUGACUACAGGUAUACAGCGCGCACGCACCACUCGUGCAAGUACGAGGCCGACAAGGCUGUGGCGCACUGCUCCGCUUCGACCAUCAUCCAGUCGCAGGACGAGACUGAGCUGAUGGACGCCGUCGGUAACGUGGGCCCGAUAGCGGUCGGUAUGGACGCGUCACACAUUGACUUCCAGCUGUACUCGCACGGCAUUUACAGCAACAAUCACUGUGGGACGGACAUCAACGACCUGGACCACGGCGUGCUGGCCGUGGGCUAUGGCAGCGAGAACGGCAAAAACUACUGGAUCGUCAAGAACUCGUGGGGCUCCGGCUGGGGCGAAGACGGGUUCUUUCGCAUGGCCAAGGACGACGGCAACAUGUGCGGCAUCGCCUCUGACUGUGUGUAUCCCACCAUCUGAGCGGCAGCGACCCCGCGCGGCGAGCGGAAUCGUUAGACUAAAAAAAUAUAUA